UCAUUUGUUCCGAGCAACCUCAAGUCAUUUACCUUCAAUGAACUAAAAAAUGCAACUAGGAACUUCCGAGCUGAUAGUCUUCUUGGCGAAGGAGGUUUUGGUUACGUCUUCAAAGGAUGGAUAGAUGAGACUACAUUUGCUCCUUGCAAACCAGGAAGUGGUAUGGUUGUAGCUGUCAAGAAACUUAAGCCCGAAAGCUUCCAAGGGCAUAGAGAAUGGCUUGCAGAGGUUAACUACUUAGGGCUGCUUCAACAUGAAAAUCUAGUAAGGUUAAUUGGAUAUUGCGCGGAGUUUGAUAACAGACUUCUUGUUUAUGAAGUCAUGUCAAAAGGAAGUUUGGAAAAUCAUUUAUUCAAAAAGGGAGUUCAGAUUAUACCUUGGGCUACACGAAUGUGUAUUGCAGUAGAUGUUGCACGAGGCUUGUCCUUCUUACACGGUCUUGAAGCAAAUGUCAUUUACCGCGAUCUCAAGGCUUCAAACAUACUACUUGAUUCAGAUUUCAAUGCCAAGCUAUCGGAUUUUGGUCUGGCAAGAGACGGUCCUAGUGGAGACAGAACUCACGUCUCGACUAGAAUUGUUGGUACUACCGGUUAUGCUGCACCAGAAUAUCUUGCAUCAGGUCACUUGACACCAAAGAAUGAUGUUUACAGUUUUGGAGUUGUUCUACUAGAGUUGCUAUCCGGAAAACGAGCAACGGGUGAUGAAAAUGCAGGAGGUGCUGAUGAGAAAUUGGUGGAAUGGGCAAAACCAUUCCUUAGUGAUAGUAGGAGAGUGUUGAGAAUAAUGGACACAAGGUUGGGAGGACAAUACUCAAAGAAAGGUGCACAAACUGCAGCUUCCCUUGUCCUGAGGUGCCUCGACGUCGAUCCGAGACUUAGGCCAACAAUGGAUGAGGUUCUAGCUACACUAGAACUUGUACAAGCACCAAAAGAUGUCAUGAAGAGUUCACAACAGAUUAAACAAAGCAAAUGACAAGUCAGUCUCAAGAGAAAUGUCUAUCAUGUAAAUAGUAAUAGAUAAAGGUGCAAGGUCCCAGAGGCGGAAUCAGGAUUUUUGAAUAUCACUUAGUUCGAAUGUCUAAAUCAAAUAUCGUGACAAUUUUUUA